UCGAGCGUCUGAUUUCCCCCGCGGGUCUUGAUUGACGAAGAUCGGGGAGAUCACGUCGCUCUUCUCUGGCUUGAGGAGUUUACCAGGAGAGAAGAACUCUGUGGUCUGCUGCUGCUGCUCCUGCGUCUGCCAUCAUCUUCUCUUCCUCUUCGCUCUAGGCACUGUCUACCCCCACCAACAAGUUCCUCCCUCUGCUAGCACUGGUGUUGGCAUCGGUCGAGGAGGUACAGCUUCCCUGCCAUCUAAGAAGAUUUCUGACCUUGACAGUGAGUGAAACAUAACUAUCUAAAGAACUCUAGAGGGUGUAAAAGUCUCUUAUAAAGCUCAAAAUUUUGAAAUGACAAACAUGAAGGUGUUCAUUGUGCUUCACUAGAAAAACUGCAACUGAAGCAGCAGUAGCAGAGAACAUUAUUUGGGUUCAUGAACGGGAAAUGAUAUAAAUAGUUGAAAGAAAAGUGAUAACGAAAAGGUGCGAAGUUCGAAUAUUUGUAGUGACUCGCCUGCCAAAGUACAGGUAACGGAUAAACAAGACGCUAGUAAAUCUCAAGUAAAUUUGCAAUGCACACACUGCAAUGAAUUUGAAAGUGUAAAAGGAAUUUGUGGUGAUAAUGAUACACAGAAGUCGUAUCGCAAAAUUUGUCCAGAAUACUGCACCCAAUAGAAAAACAAGAUUGUUCUGUUUGUUGAAUGGAAGGUGGCGACGACAGACGGAGAAGACCUUGAAGCAUAAUUGAUCCCGUGCACAGAUCAUAAACUCGAACAUUUGACCUCAGUGCUGUUGCUCUCAAGUUAUGGGAAGCUGGUAGAGCUGAAGCUGGUAUUAGAGGUGAGAAGUGUAUACACUGUUGAGGCAAGUAGCGCAAGUGGGCGUCAGGAAGACAUUGAGUUUCCUAUUGUGUGCAGAGGAUAUCUGAAGACCUCAUCUGAGGACCUCAUCAGAAGACCUCAUCUAAGGGCAUCAAUCAUCUGAGGACAUCAAUCAUCUGAGGGCAUCAUCUGAGACUCGCUCGUCUAAGGGGUUUGUAGUAGCCGCUAGGAAGUGUGUGUGGGAUGACUGGGGCGUGCGGGCGCGUGGGCGGUGUGGCAGGGUAGCGGGGCAGCCCCAGCAUGAGGGUAGCGGCCCCAGCAAGACCCCCACGCGACCCCGCCCCCGAAAUCGCCGCAAGCCGCCCGCCCGCCGCCAGCCGCCCGCUGCACCAUGAGAUAACAGCGGUGGCCGCCGCAGAAGCAACCGCAGCUGCCGCAGACAAGGCAGGACGUCAUGAGUAAUGUUUAUGCGGCGUAUGGGCCCGUGCCCACCAGUGUCGGGGUCUCGGCCGCCCCCAGACUCAAUGGCUCCCUGGACAGGCGAGCCAUGGUGGGCCGUUCGUCCAUGUUGGGCCGCUCGGCCACCCUGGGCCGGGCAAACAACGGGCCCAUGGGCCGCUACCCACCGCCGGGAAUGGGAUGCUCCUACCAGGACCUCCGGCGCUCUAGAGAGUUCCUGGAGAUGAAGCACGGUCCCAUGGAAUUGCUGGAACCCCUGGACACGUUAAGCAUGGCCGGUAGUGUUCUUCGAGGCUCCUUUGAAGGGUUCCCCGCGCUGCCAACCUCCACGCUGGAGCGCCGACGCAACGGUGGCGUAAUAACCGGUUGCAGUGUCCACGGCGGCGGCGGCGGCUCGUUAAGUCGCGCCGGAAGCUGCCACGGAUCGCACUACCAGCUGGCAGAGGAACGAAGAAGUGGCUGUUGUCGGAGGAGCUGCUGCACCAUCACUCUCUCCCUCAUCGCUUGUCUCCUUAUACUCAGCGGGGUCAUCGUAGCUCUCUACUUCUUCAUCAAGAAUGUCCCGUACGAGCCUCGGCCGCCCAUCCAGGAAGUGCGUGACCCAUGCCGAGGGAGGAAGUGCCAGCAUGGGUCGGUGUGCGUGCCCAGCGAUGACCGCGCCAAUGCCAGGUGUGAGUGCCCCGUGGAAUGCCGGGUGUAUGGAGGCGGCCUUGGGGCGGUGCCAGUGUGUGGCUCUGACGGCCAGGACUACGAGAAUGAGUGCCAACUGAAGCGGCACUCGUGCACUAACCAGCGACACCUAGAUGUCAAGUACACUGGCAAAUGUGACCCUUGCGAGGAUGUCUCUUGCCCAGAACGACAGAGUUGCCAGCUGGACCGCGAACGACGACCAGUGUGUCGCUGCAACGACGUCUGCGCCAAGGAGUACGAACCCAUCUGUGCCUCUGACGGCAAGACAUAUACGUCCAGAGCAACUUGUGGAUAUAACAGUGGAGAGGAGGGUCCCUGUGCCGGACACGUGUGUGGUCACGGGGGCGUGUGUAUGGAGCGGCAGGGGCGCCCUGUAUGUGAGUGCCCUCAGUGUCCCGCCCACCUCGACCCCGUAUGUGGCACCGACGGCAUCUCUUACGACAACGAGUGCCACCUCAGAGCAGAGUCCUGCAGGAUACAUCGAGACAUUCCCGUUAGAUACAGAGGACGUUGCACUUGUAUCCCUGUUAAUACCAGUGCAGACGCUGAGUCAAAAGCAUGCUCACCCAGCGGGUGUGAGCAGAAAAGCAGUGCGACUUCACAGUUGUUGUGUGAAGCAGACGAGAUUGGUGUAGGGCGGUGUGUGUGUCCCGAGUCCUGCGUCAAGGUGGAGAGCAAGGUGUGUGGCACAGACGGGGUCACUUACCUCAACGAGUGUCUGCUGAAGGUGGCUGCUUGUCGCAAGCAGCAGUUUAUUAUCGUGUCGUCCAGAGGCGACUGUGAUCUUUGCCAACACGUUGUGUGUAAAUAUGGUGGUCGGUGUGAGAGUGGUCGGUGUGUAUGUCCCAGCCAGUGCCCCACCACCCGCGAGCCUGUAUGUGCCUCCAACGGCCACACCUUCGUCAACGAGUGCGAGAUGCAGAAGGCUGCGUGUGGCAUGGAGGACGGCCUCAGAGUCACCUUCGUCGGCGAGUGUUCUGAGGCUCGUACGUCAGGAGUCAAUUUCGAGCUGACGCCAUGCAACGGGGACGAGCCCUUGGUGAACCCAGCCACGGGAAGGGACUUCUACUGCGGGAAGGGCCCUGACACCGAGACUUGUCCUGCUGGAGCUUACUGCCACUGGACACUCUCCUUCGCCAAAUGCUGUCCGCUACACAAAGAAGAGAACAAGACAGAGAUAGGACCCUCGUGCCAGCAGUCCUCCUACGGCUGCUGUCCUGACAGACGCACUCACGCUCUGGGACCCAACUAUGCUGGCUGCCCCUCCAUCUGCCAGUGUCAUAAGCUGGGUGCCCAUGACGAGUCGUGUGACCCGGUGACAAACCAGUGUCGGUGUAAGCCUGGGGUGGGAGGCACCAAAUGUGAUCGUUGUGAGCCGGGGUUCUGGGGACUGCCAAGGAUCCAGCACGGCAGCAAGGGAUGUUUACCAUGUGGGUGCUCGCUCUUUGGGUCUGUGAGAGACGACUGUGAGCAGAUGACAGGGCAGUGCGUGUGCAAGCCAGGCAUCAGGGGUAAGAAGUGCAACGGGUGCCCCGAGGGACUAGUUCUGAGCCCUAAGGGAUGCCGGCACCAGAGUGAGACCACCCCAGCACCCCGUUCUUGUGCCGACCUCGAGUGCUACUUUGGAGCCAGAUGCCAGGAGCAUGACAGACACGCAGAGUGUAAGUGUGAAGCUCAGUGCCCAGAGGACUCCUCUGCAGCGCCCCCUGUCUGCGGUUCCGAUGGGGAGACGUACGCCAGUGAGUGUCACCUUCGACUGUUCGCCUGUCACUACCAGAAGGAUGUGGUGGUGGACGCCCUAGGUCCAUGUCCCUUACCAGGCAACCAGUCUGACGGUGUGACGGAGUCUCCUCUGCGUCGCUCCACGGCUGCCCUCUCCACUGAGCCGCACCGAGCGGAGACCGCGAAAGCAACGCGUCACCUGUUGCAGCCGGAGUAUGUGAUUGGCAGCGUGAGUGGCUCAAGCACCCACAGCCUCUCGAACAGCAUCUUCAGUGUUCCCCCCACUCCUGUCACCAUAGCUGCCUUCGGGCUCUUGGGUUCCAUCUGUUAUCGGGACAAGGACUGCUCUGUGCCUUACUCCCGCUGCAAGACUUCCAUCUGUACCUGCCGCGUUGGAUACACGCAGAGUGCUGACCGUCAGACGUGCGUAGUCAACACUCCAGGCAGGGAAGAGGUAGUGGGAGCGUGUAGUCGUCAACCAUGCCAGAGAGGAGGCACAUGUAGGGAGUUACCUGAUGGUAGCUACUCCUGCCACUGCACCUCCAGGGCCACAGGAGCACACUGUGAGGAGGAGCUACCACCACCCUACGAGAUUCCUUCAUUCAGUGGCUCUUCCUACUUAGAAGUAAAGAAGAUAAAAGCUUACAACAAAGUCCAGGUUGAACUGGAGUUCCGAACAUUCACGGACAGCGGGAUACUCCUGUACAGUCAGCAACAGAAGGAUGGCUCUGGGGACUUCCUCUCCCUGGCCCUUGUAGAUGGCUUUGUAGAGUUCCGUUACAAUUUGGGAUCAGGUCCAGCCUUAAUUCGCAGCCACGAACGGGUGCAGAUGAAGCGCUUCCACAAAGUUGUGGCCAAAAGAUACCAGAGAGACGGUAUCUUGCAGUUAGAUGAAUCUGAGGAUGCCAUUGGCAAGGCUCCGGGAAACCUCAAGAGCCUGGACCUUCGAGGCUCAACGUACAUUGGCUAUGUUCCCACCAAUGAAAGACGGGUAUGGGAAAAUGCAGGGACAACAGAAGGACUAGUGGGGUGUCUGCGCUCAGUGAGGAUCAAUGGGCGACCCCUGGACCUAGUUUGGCCUGGCUCUCCACAUGUUGUGAAGGCAGAGCAUGUGGGCGAGUGCUCUGCUUCCCCUUGUGCCUCUCUCCCAUGUCUCAACCAAGGCUCUUGUAGACCAACAGAUGAUGGCCACUUUAAGUGUCUCUGCAUACAAGGAUACACUGGAGAGAGGUGCGAGGUACGUUUAGACCCCUGUGAAAGUCAGCCAUGCCAAGCCGGUGCCUCCUGUGUAACCCUUCCAUCUGAGGGCUUCCUCUGCAAGUGUCCUCCAGGCAGAACUGGUACUCUGUGUGACCAAAUGGACCGCACUCUUCGGGAGUCAGUUAUUCCAGACUUUGAUGGAGAUGCCUAUCUUGAACUCCCAACUCUAGAGAAUGUUGGCAACUCUUUAGCCUUGGAGAUCUGGUUUCUUACUAGAUCUCCAGAUGGUGUCCUGCUCUACAAUGGACAGAUGGGUGGGGGAGGAGACUUCAUUGCCUUAAAUCUUCGCAAUGGACACGUUGAAUUCUCCUAUAACCUUGGCUCUGGUCUUGCCACUCUAGUAAGUCCCAAUCGAGUGCCACUGAACACUUGGCAUGUGGUUCGUGUGCGCCGCAAGAAGAGGCGUGGCAUCCUGAGACUUAAUCAGGGUCGGAGGGUCAUGGGCAAGAGUGGGCCUAGGCUAAAGGAACUCAACCUCAAUCAGCCACUUUAUCUUGGAGGCCUUGAGAACUACACUAAGGCGCAUCCAGACUCUGGGGUUACCAUGGGUCUUAAUGGAGCCAUUCAGCGCCUUCUUGUCAAUUCAGAAGUCUUUGACAACUUGGAUGAGCGAGCCACAGGUGGUCGAGGUGUCCGCAGGUACAGAGGUCCUCCAUGCCAGCUUAACCCAUGCGAAAAUGGUGGGGUCUGUCAGCCCUUCCGAAACAGAUUUCUCUGUAAAUGUCCCGCUGCUUACACUGGCAAGUUCUGUGAGAAACGUGUUGAUGAAGAGCAGAUGAUGAAACCAGUCAAGUUUGAUGGCAAGACCUUCCUUAAGUUCCCUAACAUGGUGUACAGAAUAAACCUAACCCAUUACAACCUCACUGCCGAUGACUAUGAUGCCUAUGAUUUUCCGGAGCCUUGGACAGAUGUUGACCUCAGUUACCCAACCGAGUAUGACCUCGAAGAUGACAUAGCUUUUCUAGAAGAGGAAGACUAUGAGGAUGAAGGAAAGGCAGAAGAAAUUGAAAUGUUGGAAAAAAAGAAGGAAGAAGAGAUGGUCUCCUUGGGUGAAGAAGUUGAAGAACUUGAGGAUGGUUCUGGCCUUCUUUCCCUGUAUGAUGAUGAUGAAGCCAUGUUGGAGGAGCAGGAGUACUAUAGUGCCUUGGAGACUAUGCAGAAGGAUGACAACGACCAUGAUAACAACCUAAUACAAGACAAUAGAACAGACCAAGAAACUGAGGGGGAGGAUCUGGGAGGUAAGCGUGGUCAGACUACCAACCACUUCGAGAUCAGAUUCCGUGCCACUGCCCCAAAUGGAGUAUUGGUGUGGCUGAACAAGGGCACCAGUGUCUCCAGGGACUACCUUGCCCUCACAAUCAAUGGAGGCUUUGUUGAACUCUCCUUCAACCUGGGCACACAACAGUCCAUGCUCAUCAUAAAAUCCAAGGUGAAUAACUGAAAUUGUUCAUUGCUC